AAAAAAAGAACGCAAUACCUUGUCUAAGUAUGACCCAUUUAUUCAAUGGUUAGGUCCUACGUGAUGUUCGAUGCGAGUGAGAGGAAGCACAAUGAAUCGAUGGGAAAGCGUUCCCCGCGCUAUUAUUCUAGCCACAAGUUGGUGAAUGUUUUUUUCAACGAGUAAAAGGAAUAUUGUGAUUAAUUAACGUUUGGAAUAAACUGGUGGUGUUUGGGGGGUGGGGAGUUGAUGAGUGAUAAUUAUUUUCAAUGUGUAGUCUCCUUCGGCUAUAAACAAGCUAUUGCAUACAAAGGAAUUCCGACGUUUUUUGGGGGGUGAGAGGGUGGAAGUGUUUGGGGGUAAAUUGAACUCCCAGAUUUUGCUAUGAUCGUUUUGGACGAACAGCUGACGUUAUUUUGCGCUGCUGAUUCCUCCGAAAAUGCUCCAGGACUCGAGAUCCUCCAGGACAAGUGGUGGUGCCGCUCCCGCCGGCGGUGGGAGGACUAUCACCAGGAGAAUGACUGGAAACGGCUGCUCCAGGAGAUCAGAGAGGAAUUACAAUAUUGGACCCACAUCAGAUCUCAUUGUCAACGAUUUUGACGACGAGAGGACAUUGGACGAGGAGGAGGCAAUGGAGGGAAGCGAGGACUCACACAAUGAACUCUCCAAUCUUCAGAAGGAAGGCGACAUGCCCCUGAAGGAGCUCCUGGCGAAAUACUACGGUCGCACGUCCCCAGACUCCAACAGCUCGGAUCCUCUACCUCUGGCCCAAGAAGAUGAUGCCGAUCCAGUUCUCCAGUCAUCAGAGAAAAAUGACAACGAGGGUGACGAUUUCGAGGACGAGGACGAGGGGGAGUACGAGGACGAUGAUUCACAACCGAGUUUGCGACAAUUCUACUCAGAGCUGGUGAAAGAGAAAGAGGCUGAGCGUUUGGGUACGACUGGAAAGUCUGCAGGUGUAGCACGACGAGUUGAAGCCCCAGGGGAUGGAAUUCCAGUGAAAAAUCCUCCAGGGAGUGAAGUGGAAAUGACUAACGAUAAUAAUCCUACACUGGUGGCUGACGAGGAGAUAAAUUACGAGGAUGAAGAAGAGGAGGAUGACAGUGAGGACAGCGAGAGCACUGGGGCACCAGGUAUUACAGUUCCUGGUGCUAGUGAUGCUGUUGGGGGUGGAGGAAGUGGAAGUGGUGGUGGAGGAUCCUCAAGGCUUCUCAGGAGUGUGUCACGUCCUCAGAGCGAGGAGGAGGAUGACGACUGCGAUUACAGCCCGGACGAGGAGGAGUGGAAGAAGACUAUUAUGGUUGGCAGUGAUUAUCAGGCAACUAUUCCUGAAGGCCUUUGUCGAUACGACGAUGCGCUGCCUUAUGAGAAUGAGGAUAAAAUACUCUGGAAUCCAAGCUUUAUACCUGAGAGGGAGACCGAGGAAUUUCUUGAACGCGCACAGUUGCCCUCAAAUAAGAGCACAUCGUUGCCAGCUGGAGCACACGUCAGAGACGACGAGCAGGCUCUCUAUCUACUGCUCCAGUGUGGGUACAAUCUCGAGGAGGCACUCAGGAGGAGAAGGAUGAAUGUACUUCCUCCUAUCGAUGCUAUCAGUCUCUGGUCGGAGGAGGAGUGUCAUAAUUUCGAGUCUGGGCUGAGGACUUAUGGAAAAGAUUUUCAUCUCAUUCAGAAGAACAAAGUAAGAACGAGAUCGGUUGGUGAACUCGUGCAAUUCUACUACCUCUGGAAAAAAACGGAAAGACACGAUAUAUUCACGUAUAAAGCUCGACUUGAAAAGAAAAAAUACGCACUGCACCCUGGUAUAACCAGGGACUACAUGGAUCGUUUCCUGGAGGAGCAGGAGGGAGUGCGAGAUCGAAGCAGCUCCCCCAAUGUCAAUUGCCUCCUCCACGGCGAUGUGAAGCGCCAGCGUACGAGUGCAAAUCUGUCCAACAAUCACGAGGGAAAAUCAGAAUUGUGGGAUAAUCAGGGGAGUGAAGAUCCAUCGGCCCUGGGAAGUGAUGUGGGUGUUGCUGAAGCUCCAACAAGUCUCCCUCCGUCAUCUCCACUCUCCAUUUUACCUCCACCACCCCUUCCACCCCUUCCACCCCCAGCAAAAUCGUCCAGUGGAUCACCCACACCCUUCACUCCCUCUUCCGAACUCCCAAUAAAUUCCACACCCCCAAAUCAUCCCCACGAAUUUUCAACAUCAUCUGACACGGUUUCCCCUCAUUUACCGCCUUAGCAUCAAUUUUAUUUGAGUGAUGACUCGAAGAGUGAAUUAAAAAUUGUUGGACAGUCCUUUUGGACUCACUACCUCCGCCGCUGCCAUCAGUUAUUCAAAAAAGGGAAGAUGAGAAAAAAAUAAUUGAAUCAUUGUUCACGUAUUGUGUUUUACACAAGUUUAUAAAAAUCCAUUGACACUGUUGACGAAUUUUUCACUGAUUCAUUCAAUUUUUUUAUUAACUUGUUGUGGAUUUUGGAGGGGUGUGGGCCAGGUGGAGAGAGACAAGUCAUUUUACUAAUUCUUUUGGAUUCAUUGAGAAAAGAGAGAAAUUGAAAAUCAAACGAUUUUAAAAUGCAAAGUUCGAAUUAUUUUACCUUACUGAAAUUUCAAUACGAAUUUCUCUAUAUUUCUCAUCCACAAAGUAGUAUCUUCGAAAUAUCUCACUCCAUUGAGCCCACCUUCAGUACUGAUUAAAAUACUUGUUAGAAUAAUCUCAAAAGCCGAUUCUACGAUAAUCCUCAAACCCCCGAAUAAUCGCAGAAUACGAAAAAAAAAAACCACAAAACAGCAAAGAUCAGGGGGAAUGAGAAACCGAGGCAUAAUAUUCUUUAGCACUUUGAAUUAUAUUUUUCUACUGUAUCCUAAAAGAUAAAUAUUAUUAUUAGAAUCUAGAAUAAUAGAUAAUGACGAAUAGAAAAGCCAAUGACUUUGGCGAAAGCAAAAAAAAACCACAAACGA